GAACUCUGCCGUGCAGUGCAACAAUCUUUCAUAAAAUGAUCCUGCCACAUAAGUCCGCAGGUUGGUCCAUCGUCCAUCUCAUGCAGACCAUCACAGAAUGGAGACUCAGGAGCUGCGAAUGCUCGACAGGGCCCAGUACAGGUCAAUAUCAUCUGAUUGGGAGAACAUAAUCGAACCUCCAGUGAGGAAAAGUUCGCCUCAGCCUGAUCACUCUAACCUCUACGCCGAGCCUGCUAGCCGCAAAGUCGUUAUUCAGAAACGCUGGAAUGGUCUUUCAUGGGUCGAAUGGUUGAGCCAUUUGGCUUCAAUUGCAUACACUGUCGCGGUUCUGACACUCUGCGGGCUGCAGGUUUACUUUGCCGACAUCACGAAGCCCGCCAUCAACACCGAUCUCAAUGCAUUUCAAUUUGUCGCUGCUCUGCACGCCAUCAUCGUGGGUACUUCGUUGACCGCCAUGGCCGUCUGGCACCUUCGUUAUGAGCUCUGUGCCUCUGAAGGCUUGCCUAUUGGCUUUCUGGACUAUCCUUUCCAGCUCUCUUCGAUCAGCGCAUUAUUCAAACCCAGAUUCUGGCACGCAACGUUUGACAUAAGCAACAAUGCCAGAAGAUAUAUGUUCGCCGCAGGAAUCUUGGUCGCUAUGGUUCUGCAAGCUUUGAGUGGGCCAUCUUCCGCCAUACUAAUCGUGCCCCAGCUGGACUGGUGGACUGUCGACGACACUUUUUCCGGCCUCAACGGCUUUACUUAUAUCAACGCAAGCCACGAGGCUAUCUGGCCAACGAGGAUCGUGGACAAAAAUUACAGUUGCGCACUUUCAAAUCCGCCCCUAAUCGAGCGCUGUCCUUACGCAAGCAUCAACGAGAUUGCAAAGUGGUCGCUCGAAUAUCUCGUACAAUUCUCCUCGCCAAAUAUCACCACCAUGACUACGACUCUCGUGGGACGCUAUAUUGCAGGCAGCCCCUUCAACACCACGGGCAGCAUCAAAGGCGGGCCCAACAUCACUACGAUACCGGGCUAUUCGGCUGCGUCGGCGCCAGGGACCCAUAUUGCGCGUACAUUAGGAGACAUAUGGACUUUCGCUCAGAGGAAUGGUCAAGGGACGCACAUUGGGGACCGCUAUGGCAGACCUAAAUUCACUCUUUCCGGCGAAUACGACCGUCCCAUGAUGCGCCCAAUCGUACAGACUGAGUGUGGUCCUGCCGUCAAUAUCAAUGAUCUGGAUACCUUUGAGGCUACUUACCCCACGGAUCAACUGCGAGUCAAGCCCGGCGAGAACUAUACCCGUGAGAUAAGACAAGAGGUCAAUGCCACCUUUCAUCGUCAACACGUGCGAUCCAAAAUGUUUGUCAAUUUCCAUAAUCUCUCCACGGCAGCAGGUAGACCAACACUGGGUGCUUUGGUCACCAUGGAUUUUUUCAAUGCGCACAUCAACCUCGCCAAUGUAAGCGACGGGGAAACUGCCCUUGGGUUGAUGCCUUGCACCAUUCUCGCUCACUGGAUACCAAGCAAUAUGUCAAUAGACCCCAAACUCAACAACGUCGCGAUCUUAGACAAUCCACUACCUGUGGUCGACGUUGUCGACGUUCCAAGCCUCUUUGAGCGCGCUACUACGUUGGACAUCGACAUGGCAUUUGCCAAUGCUGUCAAUGCACCUACCUCGUCACCAAAUUCGCAUACUGUGAUCGAAACAGAAAUUUUACCAAUGGCACUCAAUUUCACGAACGGUCAGCCGCAGUUUGACGGGAGUUGGGGCGAUCUAUGGCCCUAUGCGGUGGCCACGGUGCUCUCCUUGCAAUUCUCGGACGCCUUAGCCCGUUCCAACGACGAUUUCCUGACGUUCCUCCUGUGCGAAGGCUGCGCCAAUCAAACGGAGUCUCCAGGCUACAGCGCAGUCAAAAACCUGGCGGGUCUCAACGGGGGACCUGCUGAAAUCAUACCGGAAAGCAGCCAGACAAGCUGGAUCGAAGAGAAGAAGAACCGGACAGACCUGCACACAGUGGUGAACUGGAAAUUGGAGCGUUAUGGGUACGGCUGGGCAAUGAAGCGCCCUACGGAAUGGCUUGCGGCCACUGUUCUCCGGCUACACGCACUGCUGGUUAUAGUCCAUGUGGUGGUAGUCACUCGAGGGAAGUGGAGAUGUUACGCAUGGGAUGAUCUUUUGAGUCUGCUUGCGCUAGCCAACAUGUCGCCCGAGAUCGAGUCGAUGCGAGAUUUAAGCACAGGUGAUGCGCCUGCGCGCGCUCUCGGGCAACCUGUCGUGAUCGAGGAGAAGCCGGAAAAGAAUGUCUUUGAACUAACUUCUCUCGAGGGAAGCACCAUCAGAAGUAGGAGACCUACGCCGCGGAAGAAGUAUGGGUGGUCGAGAUUAUCGAUGGAAGAGUAAGAAGCCCGACAAUGUCUUAGCUAGGAGGGUAUUCUCGGUGAGGAGUGUUCCUCGAGCCAUAAGGAAGAUAAAUCGAGCAGGUUCUCGAGCUGGACUCGAAGACCCUGUGAUGAUUGCAGCUGGUCAUCCUGCUACAGCAAAAGACAAAUUCCUAUCCAGAAGUCUAAUACACGACUCUCUGAAGCAU